AUGGCAAAGGAAUGUACAACGAUCUACAGCGCUCGUGCACAACCAUUGUUCUACUCAUUAAACGAUUUGUUUGAUGAUUCUAAAGACGCUGACAAACAUUACGGCCAGGACAAGGACGAUGACAAAGAUGUUGAGCAAGCUGAAGAUAAAGACAAAAACGAUAAGAACAAUUAUGAUAAGGAUGAUAUCAAGGACAAUGACAAAGAUGAUGAUGACAAAGAUAAUGACAAGGAUGAUGACAAAAAUGACCAUAAAGAUGAUAACAAACACGAUGACAAAAAUGAUGACAAACACGAUGACAAAGGUGAUGAAAAAGACGAUGACAUAACUGAUGACAAAGAUGACGACAAAGAUGCCGACAAAGAAGAUGACAAAGAUAAACACAAAGAUGAUGACAAAGAUAAUGACAAAGAUGAUGACAGAGAUGACAAAAAAGAUAAUGACAAACACCAUGACCAAAAAGAUGACAAACACGAUGACAAAGGUGAUGAAAAAGACGAUGACAUAAAUGAUGACAAAGAUGAUGACAAAGAUGAUGACAAAGAUGAUGACAGAAAUGAUGACAAAGAUUACGACAAAGAUGAUGGCAAAGAUGACGACAGAGAUGAUGACAAAGAUGACGACAAAGAUGAUGACAAAGAUGGGGACAAAAAUGACGACAAAGAUGACUAUGAUGACAAAGAUGACGACAAAAAUGACGACAAAGAUAACUGCAAAGGUGACGACAAAGUUGAUGAUAAAGACGGUGACAAGAUAAUGACAAAAGUGAUGACAAAGAUGACGACAAAGAUGACGACAAAGUUGAUGACAAAAAUGACGACUAAGACGAUCAAAAAGAUGAUAACAUAG